CGAUAGCAGUAACUCACUGCUGUUGCUGCUGUAGAUGGUUCGCUGCUGUUGAUGUGUCGUCCAUGAGUCUAGUGGUGCGAGACGCCGCACACUGUCGGUGGCGCAGGUAUCUGGUUCGACUGACGGUUUCUCUGUUGGUUGCUCUACCUCCGAGCUGGUCGUUCAAGGCAACAACAACAGUCACAUCAAAACCAUUGCACCAUCGAAAGCAGCAGCAUCAGCGGCAGCAUCAACAACCGAGGGCGACCCCGAACAGGAGAAGAUGUGCGCAUGCGCAGUCUAUGCAAUGCACCGCGGUGACACUUGCGGUGUGCCGAAGCGCUGUGUUUGACAACGCGGAUAAUUUCGAAGACGAUGUUGGUACCGCAGCACCUCCGCUCGCAGAGACUCCGCCGAGACGAGGUGUUUAUCCUACAGAGGGCGGUGGGAGCAGCAGCAGGGGUGGCGGUGCUGGCGUUGAGGUUCCUACGGGCGGCGUCAAAGACUCGGUUGUGGUGCUUUCUGACUGGCUGGAUGAGUCUCAGGCACCUCUUGGCUUGGCCGGUCUGCCCGGUCUCGGCAACCGGGAGGAGCACUUGAACCAGGGGCUCGUUGAGGUUGUUGGGAGCCAGGCUGGCGGCGACGACGAGGACGGCGUCGGGGACGGUAGCGCUCCGUUUCGCUUUCAGCAGCUCAUCCAGCAAAUGUGGGCGACGCUCAGUCGAGGCCACCAGCUUGAGUACCUGGGCAACGAGGGAAAGGCGAAGGUCAAACAGGCUUUGAGCGUGUUGGCGGCCUAUUCGGCGUUGCGUGAGCACCCUCUACAGACUGGCGUGGAGAAUCCGCAGCAGGCGUUCUCGGAGAUGGACUUUAACAGGGACGGCGAGGUGUCCUUUGACGAGUUCGUGCGGUGGUAUUCCAUGAGCACCGCCCUGGAUGAGAAGCCCCAACAAUUGCCCGUGCAGGCCGACGUCGGGCCCGCUUCCGCCAGGUCGAGCAACGGAGGCAUUGCGGCCCCCGAGGUCGCCUUAUCCCGAAGCAAGACGCUGCUCUCGACGGGGUCGCGGCUGCUGGCAGACGUCGAACAAAGCUUGGCUCUCACGAGCCGCCAGCUAGGAAACAUGCCAGCAGCCGACAAAUUACCAUUCUCGGCGGCGGCAAUCCCCACCGACGGCGGGCCUAACGAUAACGUUGGAGCCGCGGCGCCUUCUCCAGGGAAGGCUUGGUUGGGCUUGUCGGCGGCCCCGACUGCAACGGCCGGGGCUGGUCUUGGUGUCACAGAGGAAGAGAAAGAAGCCGCCCGGGAACGAUGGCUGUCCGGAGCGGCUGCGGAGCCCGGAGCUGUUGGCUCCGGAACCGAUCCAGUCGACGACUCUGCGACGAAGGACCUGGAGAAAGCUUUGGAGAUGCUGCGCGUGUUGGUCAGAGCUCACGCCGACGUGGACACCCUGGUGGCUGCGCUCGCGAGCUGCAUCAUUCGGAACCCCAUGGGAAGGUACAACUUGGAGGUAAUCGAGGAGCAAUUCGGACCCAUAAUCCGGGGCAUUGUGGAAGACAGGCUUUUGCUGGAGCGUUUGCCGCAGCCAACGUCUUCCGCAAGCUACCUAUCGAUACAGCAGUCCUUCGGCGUGAAACCGGUGCUGGACCUGGACGACCACCACGCCAAGCUCAUGCGAGACUACUUGGUACACUCCUCGAGGGAUGCGCGUGCAGUGGUUGUUCACAUGGCCGACCUCACAUGCCGACUGCGCGAUCCAAGCAAGACGCCCGCGCACACACGACACACGCUCGCCUUAGAGGCGCUCCAGCUGUACGUCCCAGUUUCAAACGCGUUGGGAUUGGGAUCGAGCUUUCGCGAGCUGGAGGAGCUCGGGUACAAGACGAUAUUCCCUCAGUCUUACUCCAACAUGGCACUCUGGCAUCACGAUGUGAUGAGCAAAAGCCAUGACAUUGUCCGAGAAGUCAAGAGACGGAUGCUGGACGCGCUACACGCGAGGGAGGAUAUCGCAAGACGAGUGCACAGCUACCGCUUGGAAGGGCGGACAAAGGCGCUCGUGAGCACCUUUAGGAAGGUGUUCCGGCAGAACAAGCGCGCCGAUGACGUACACGACAUCAUAGGCUUCCGCAUCAUCGUUGCUCCGAAACGUCCUGGCACACGAGCAAGCUCUGCCACCGGCGGAGCAGGACGAACCAGAUGGGCAACCGGGGGGGAAACGGCGGAGGAAGCCGAGAAUGUCGGCGCGAGGAAGAGACCGGGCGAUACUAGAAGGCGGGGUGGGCCGAGGCCGGCGCGGUCAGUCUUCACUGUCAAGACGUUCCCGCCGCCGUACCGAGAUGCCGAGAGCCGCCUGCUUCACGAUGUUUACGAGGUCUUGGUCGGACUGUUUGAGGAAGUGCCGGGGAGGUUCAAGAACUACGUCGAUUUUCCGAAGAAAAAUGGCUACAGGAGUGUUCACACGACAGUGGUACAUCCGACCGGCAUCAAAAUGGAAUUUCAGGUGCGCACAGCGUUGAUGCACGUCGAAGCCGAGGGGGGUUCGGCGUCUCACUCUCUUUACAAGGGGGACUUGGACAACCCCGAGGAGGCUUCUCUCUUCCGCUCUAGGAUGACUCCGAACACAUUGUCCCCGGCGCACCGCCAACUCCCAUCCAAGAGCACAAGCGGUGAGGUGGCCACCGCGCUCCAGCCGACCGCUGAUGGUGGGUCAUCUGCCACAAACGUUUCUGAGAAGGCGCUUACGGCUGCUGCUGUGCCGUUGCUUGGAUCGAAACGACUUCGAAAGCUGAGCGCGAAGAGCAGCGGGGGGGGUGUUACGCCGGUAUCGGACCUCGAAAUGAGCGACCGAUGCCCCGAGCCUUGAUAGGUCCCCUGUCUGACUUGUAUUUAAUAGAGCUGACUAAUUUUAUGGAUUAGGCCAUUUGUUACGAUGUCUUUUUUUAGGCUGUAUUUUUUUCAAAAAAUGACAACUGGCCAAAUAGCCCCGUGUUACAACGUCUUUUUUUGCUAAAUAUGACAAGGAAAAAAUGACGAACCUUUUUUGACAGCCUGUAACACGGGGCUAUUUGGCCAGUUGUCAUUUUUUGAAAAAAAGACAACCUAAAAAAAGACCACGUAACAAGUGGCCUUAGAUUUGUCAAGGGCAGUGUCUACAUGGGAAGGGAAAGAGGCGUGAGGCCUUGGCAAGAUAGAUGCCGGUAUAGAAACCUGUAUUUUGUAGCCGUUGGACUUGAUGUUAUGACAUCGCCUUGAGGAAUCUGUGUGUGUGUGUGGGGGGUGUUCGUUGUAUUUGAGCUACCACCAGCGGUUCACCUUGCCUGUGAAUUGAGGUGCGGGUAUAAGCUAGUCCAGAGAUCUUACGAAAACGACGGUUAUUUUGUGUUGGAACAGAAAAUGCGCUUCUAGACGCCUUUUUUACGUCGCAUUGGUGGUUUUUAUUGUCAACAUGAUGCUGAAAAGGACGUUACCUCCUAUUUAGGCGGUCCUGGACAGGAUGUGCCGAAGUUGUGCUGUAGGAUACUGGAUGUUGGCCAGCAACCGAGGUUGAUCCGAAAUAAACGUAGUGGUAUCACACAUAAUCGCGUCCAUUUUCUGCCGAAUCGGUGUGCGUUGUUGACGAACCACAUUUAAGUUGAUUUGCGGUUAGAUGCCAAAUGCUUGGUGUAAAAAGGGUAAAGGCUGUGAGGCUUCCACCUGUUAGUCGUUUUUGCACGAGGAUUUUCUUCCCGAAAUAGAAUGUAGGGUUCUACAGAGAACGCCAGCACAGUAUCAUUUGCAGAGGUGGCUACUAAGUGAAAUAUAUCGAGAGAUAUCGCCGGGUGACAAG